CUCCUCGGCGCUACGGCAGCGUUGUACGGGCAUUUACUGUGCUUCGGGGGGAGAUACUAGAGCACAAAUUAAAGAUUUCUGGCUGAUUGUUCACAUGAGUCCAGGAGGAGAUGAAGUACCUUGGAUCCUGCAUACUUUGGCUUUGUAUGGCAGUCUUGCUCCUCCUUCCUCUCUCUACUUCUGUGGCUGUCACUGACCACACAGGUUCCAUGUGUCCUGUGAUGAGAACAGUUGUCCAUCAGCUCAGACAAGCCAACAGAGAUGAUCUUCAUGUUUCAGGAUUUGAUCUAGCAGAAAGUUUUUCGCUGAGACAAACAUCUUGUGGAGGGGAAAAAAUCUGUUUUAAACUGGGAAGUGCACCUCUCAUCAGAGACACAAAGCAAAUAUUUCCAAACGGGCUUCCUGAGGAAUACUCUCUAAUAGCAACGUUCCGUGUACGACGAAACACCAAGAAAGAACGGUGGUAUAUAUGGCAAAUUUUAAAUCAGUAUGACACACCUGAGAUCUCUGUCCUUAUAGAUGGUGCAAAAAAAGUUGUGGAAUAUAUGACCAAAUCUGCUCAGGGAAAUAUACUGCACUACACUUUUAAGAGUCGAGAAAUCUAUCCAUUGUUUGAUCGGCAGUGGCAUAAACUUGGUAUUAGCGUGCAGUCGGGGAUCAUUUCCCUCUAUUUGGAUUGUAAUUUAAUUGAGAGAAAGCAGACUGAUGAAAAAUUCACCAUUGACUUUCAGGGAAGGACUCUGAUUGCUUCUCGUGCUGCAGAUGAUAAGCCAGUAGAUAUUGAACUUCAACGUAUAACAGUUUAUUGUAAUCCAAAACUUGCAACAGAAGAUACAUGUUGUGAAAUAUCUGCAGGCCUGUGCCCCCGUGAUGAUGGGUUACUUGCUACUACUUCUUCCCCAGUAUCUGUUCACGCCCGCAAAAUGUACAUGCUUCCACAAACACAGCAAGAGUCUAGAGACAGAUGCUUCUGCUUUCCAAAUAAAGGAGAAGCAGGAUUACCAGGAGUAGCUGGUUUGCCAGGCCAGAAAGGAGUUAAAGGUGAAAAGGGUGAACAUGGCCUUGCAGGUAGUAAAGGAGAAGAAGGUGAAAAGGGACUGAAAGGUGACCCUGGUAACCCUGGUGUGGCUGGUCCUAAAGGAGAAAAGGGAGAUACAGGACCUCCAGGACCAACUGCCUUGAGUGGUUUGCCAGGACUGGAGGGUCCCCAGGGUCCACCUGGCAGAGAAGGUCAAAGGGGAAGACGAGGCAAACCAGGACUCCCUGGAAAACCAGGACCACCAGGACCUCCUGGUCCUUCUGGGCUAAAAGAAAUUCUGGAGUCCUUGAACAAGCAUUAUAAUGAGAGUGAUACAAGACAGCUAGGAUUACUAGGCACUCCUGGACUUAAAGGCCAGAAGGGAGAAGCCGGUGAAAAAGGAGAAGUGGGAAUGACUGGUGCAAAAGGAGAAAAGGGAGAACCUUCUGAAAAAGGGGACAAGGGAGAUCCAGGAGAAAUUGGAGUGCAGGGAUCAAAAGGAAAUAAGGGUGAAACAGGAGACCCUGGACCACCUGGUCUCAUGGGAAAUCCAGGAUCAAAGGGACUGCAAGGACCUCCAGGACCUAUUGGACCCAGGGGACUGCCGGGGGAAGUUGGCAUACCAGGAGAGCACGGGGUACCAGGAAAAACAGGAGUUAAAGGAGAAAAGGGGGACCCUGGUGGGAUUAUGGGACCGCCUGGACAUCCAGGUCCAAAAGGUGAAGUGGGGCCUCCUGGGCUAAGUCUACCUGGAGCACCAGGUCCCACCGGUAUUCCUGGAAACCCAGGUCCACGGGGACCAAAGGGAGAACGAGGACUGCCUGGUGUGCAGGGAGCCCCUGGGGAGAUGGGGCCUCCUGGAGUAGGCAUUCAGGGAUCACCAGGUCCUAUGGGUCCAACUGGAUCAGCAGGUGUCCAGGGCCCUAGAGGACCCCCUGGAUUACCAGGAACUCCAGGUACCCCAGGUAUUAAUGGCACUCCAGGACGAGAUGGAAAGCCAGGACUGCCAGGCCCUCCAGGUGAUCCUAUUGCACUGCCUCUUGUGGGAGACAUGGGAACUAUACUGAAGGGUGAUCCUGGCACAAGAGGUCCUCAAGGCAUCCCUGGUAGAGAAGGGCCAAAGGGAAGCAAAGGUGAGCGUGGAUUUCCUGGGCUUCCUGGAGAGAAGGGUGAUGAGGGCCUUCAAGGUGUUCCUGGAUUGCCUGGUGUGCCAGGACCCACUGGACCUUCUGGAGUCACAGGAAGACCUGGACAUCCUGGUCCAGCAGGGACAAAAGGCGAAAAGGGUAAUGAAGGUUCUCCUGGGAAGCCUGGACCACCUGGGCCUCCGGGUGUGCCUCAAAAUGAAAGAAAUGGAAUGAGCAGCUUAUACAAACUACAGGGUGGCGUGAGUGUUGCUAGUUAUCCGGGUCCACCAGGACCUCCAGGUCCAAAAGGAGAUCCUGGUGCAGUGCCCAAGAAAUAUCACUUACCUGCAUAA